GGCGAUCCCAUCGAAAUCUUUUUAGCGUUGCUCAUCGAGACUUUGGAUCCACCAACGUUUGAGCGCUCAUCGCCAUGUCCCUCCGGGAUACCCUUGAGUUUGACAAGGAGCUUCACUCGCUAUACGAGACAAAGUUACCCGUUUCGGCGUCAAAGAUCAGUUCUUUGACAAAACUUGCCAUCAAGCACGCAAAGAACUACAAGAACAUUGUUUAUAGCAUCGAAAAAUUCAUUCAGAAAUGUCCGCCAGAGCUAAAACUGGCUGGUCUUUACACCAUCGACUCCAUUGCACGUGCUGCCGCAAAGCAUCCCGAGGAUGGAAAAGUCUAUAUAGCGCGAUUUGAGGAGAAGCUGGAUACCUUUAUUCCUCAUCUCCUUCAGGCCCCACCAAAAGACAAGGAUCGUGUCAAACGAACUGUAGGACUGUGGAAAAGAUCUGGACUUUUCAAUGUGGAACAAGUCACUGCUUUGGAAAAGCAGUAUUUCACGGAAGGACAUGCGGAGGCACCAGGUCCUACGGUCAUCGCAUCCGCUGGAUUGGGCGAUCCUCGAGUAUCCAAUAAUUCAAAUAAUGGAACUGGUAUCAUCGGCACAGAUCCACGCUUGAACAAUGGGUCGAUAGGAGGGCCAGAAGCAACGUCGGCCCCACAGCAGCCGGCUGGACUACCUUCAGCAGGGUUAGAUGCUACAUCUUUGUUGGGCGCACUUGGUGCUUUGGGGCAGUCAGCGGUCCCCGGCUUAGGUGGUAAUCUGGACGUUGCUUCGUUAUUGCCUUUGCUUCAAAACCAGGCCGCCCUUCCACAGCAGCCUUCUGUACAAAGCCAACAAGCAGCUAUUGCCCAGCUGCUUUUAGCGGGACUUCCCAUGGUAUCCAACAAUCCAGUAGUGGGCUCAUUGACUGCUUCGUUACAGGCGACCCCAAGCCUAAAUUCAUCGUCAGGAGACAUUGCUGAUAAUAGUAUUACAAAACAACACGUAAGUGCGGCUUCAACAUCGAUUGGCCAAUCAGCCAAUCCGAAUGACUUCGAUUAUGGUGAUGAAGAGGACGUCAAGAAAGUGACGAGUUCUGGAGUUGGAACUGCACAAUCCAACGUCACCGCCACACACCAACCUGCAAGUUUCCCAAGUGGGUCGAUCAGAGAUGCGGUAUCUUCAACGCCAUGGGGAAGCCAAUCCACGCACGCUGCACAGCACCAGAAUCCAAUGGGGCAAGGCCAAACAAAUCUCGGAUCAAUGGGCUCUGAAAGCUCCAACUUUCCGAACCGGGCUGGAGGAGGCCCCCCACAGUCUCAGCAAUCCAUGCUGCAUCAAUAUGCACAGCAUCCUUCGUUAGAAGGGCGAAUGCAGAACGAUGGCAAGUCGUUGGCCCCUAUCGGUCGACCAAUUCCAGUAGUGGGUAGCGAUCGAGAAGGAGCACAGCCAGUUUCACCUUGGACGCAGGCGGCUGCACAAGGUGCAGUACCAGCUCGGCCGGGAGACUGUUUGCCAGGAUUUGUAGAUCCUUCACUACCAAAGGAGUUUAUGAAAAUUCUGACACGAACCGUAUAUGUAGGGGGCAUCACCCCCAAUAUUACAAAGGAAAAUGUUCGAGACCUCUUCGAAACUAUAGCGCGUGUCGAUACUGUAACAGUAAACUAUCCUAAAUUCAAUGCAUUUGUUAAACUUCUGACCCGCGCCGAGGCGGACCUGGUCAAAGAUCGGUUUCAUAAGUACCAGUAUAAUGGUACAAUGCUUAAGAUGGGUUGGGGAUGUGGAUAUGGUCCCAAAGAAUUUUUUGACUAUACCACCGGAGAAACAUUGUUCCCUUUGGCGCGCAUGACAGACACCGAGAAGCGGACAAUCUCACAAUCCACACGUGGUGGAGGACCUAUCGAGGGUGGAAUGGUGGUAGAAGAACCCGAUUUUGGCUGGCCUCAAAAGGGGGAUGUGUGCAAGGGAAAGUAUGCGAGCGGUCAGAUCCCGUUUGCGCCUGGAUUCGUGGCGGCUCAGCAACAGCGAGACCGAGGAGGCUUUAACCAAAGCACUCCUCACAUGGCACGCCCAUUUGUGCAACCGGGUAUGCAGCAAAUGCAGCAAACACCUUGGAUGGGUAACCGGGACGGUGUGCCAGCUGGUCUCCAGCCGCCCUUUCCCAAUAUGGCCAUGGGAAUGCCCCGACCACCGCACCAUCAAUACCCACAGAUGUCCCCAUCAGGACGAGGGACAGAGAUCAUGGUUGUCACAGAUCGCCAGUAUGACGAGCGUGAUGAUGAACGGUGGCGUAACCGGCAAACUCAAGAUCGAGGCGAAGAGCAUAUCGUUGUAUUGGGCGGCGGAGACGAUACCGAAGAAGUCAAUUCCACAAACGAGGCGAAGCAUACUUCAGAAGAUCGCGAGGCGAACGGUCCUAGCGAUGGUGGUGGAGAAUCUGGACAACAUCCCCGUCGAUCGUACGACUGGCCCUAUCAACACCCUCCUCCAAACUAUGGACCCGGAUAUGGAAUGCCUCCAGCAGGACCACAUGGUAUGCGUCCUGGAGGCGGACCGCCACCACACUGGGGUCGCGGACCGGGUAUGUAUCAUGGUGGUCCUGGGGCAAGGCCAGCGUGGGGGCCGCCACCUGGAUGGAAUGGGCCGCCGGGCGGGAUGGUGCCGAGAAAACGGCAGUACUCUCCGGAUACAGAUGGGCGAGACACCAGGCGAGAAGAUGAUGGGGAAAGGCAAGAUGACCGCCACGACCACGGAGGGGAUGAAGAUGACAGUCGGCGUAGGCGUUCACGCUGGGAAUGACAGCAGGAAAACUUGUAGUAUUUGUUGCAAUUGUCGUUUUUGUUUAUCUUCCCCAUUGUAAUUUGAAACCUGCUGUAAUGUGGUUUGCAUUUCAAAUGUAUUAUGAUGCCAA